CACAGAGACACGGACUGACACACAAUAGAGAGGCCGAGGGUAAAACAAGAGAAACCUCAGGAUCAGACACUCGGGAGACAGCAAUAUACUGUGGCACCAAAGAAACUGGACCAAUAGAACCGGGGCGACAGCAGCGAGUCAAGCACAAGAAGAGACAAACUGAGGAAUCCUGGUAAGAGGGAACGUUUGCUAGCCGGGACACUGGUAACAUGGAUACGCUUCCACUGAUAAAUGAGCCAGGAAUACAGUGACAUCCCGUGCUACAGGCACAUCUGGCCAUAGACAAAGCACCUAUGUCAUCAGAAUGUGCACAGUAUUGUAAUGCAACCUGGUUUGUGUUUCAUCCCUGGUCCCCAGUCUAAUAAGAGAGCUUAGAUAGCAAUCUUUGGGUGCCCCAUCCACUGUAUGGUACAAACUGGCUUUACUGGAGUCUAACUGGUGAUGCUACAAGCCUCAUGCUGAGUCUCCUAGGCGAAGUGUCCCAUUGGGGCCAAGGACAGGAUGCUGGAGCCAGCAGGUUUCGUAGAGGCAUGGCGGGCACAGUUUCCGGAUGCAGAGCCGCCACACAUGGAACUGCACACAGUGCGGGACAUGGAGCAGGAGCUGGAGAGAUGCCGGGUGUCAGUACGUAGACUGGAGCGAGAACUGAAUAGGGAGCGGUUCCGUAUGAUCUACUUGCAGACCCUUUUAGCCAAGGAAAGGAGAGGCUAUGACCGACAACGUUGGGGUUUUGAAGAGAGGGAUCCACCAGGAGGUGGUGAAGAGAGACCAAUUGAUCCUGUUCGGGAAGAGAGAGCUUUGGGUCCAGGAAGAGAGGAGAGGAGCCCAGAGGACAGAACCAGAGGACCAGGUCGCCGGGAGCCACCUGUCGGAGCCCCUGACCUAUCUCCAGGGGAUGUGUCUCGAUGCCCCCGUCGCCUGUUGAGUUUCACAGAGAGGGAUGGACCAGAACCCCGCUCUGAACGGCUCCGCAGGACAGCAUCCCAUCCUGAAGAGAGUCCAAAACCCCUCCAUCCUGGAGAACCACGUCGGGGCCGCUCCUCGGACAGCAGUUGUGGCUGGGAUGGAGAGUAUGAGGAAGCUGAAUUAAAUUCCCGUUUCCUACGGGAUAAUGUAUUGCCAUGCCCUGGAAGUCACUGGGGAGGUGCUUGGCCUCGCCGGUCUGUCUCACCGCAGAGCUUUGAGGACCUUGGCGGUGGGUAUACGCCGGACUGCAGCUCCAAUGAGAACCUGACGUCUAGUGAAGAGGAGCUCUCUUCAGGACCCUCUGGGAGGGUCUCACCCCGGGGUCUCUGGGGUCGUUCUUCUCCUUCUCCUGGCAGUGCCAGCCCUCCCACCCCUCAGGCACCUGCCCGCCACUGCCAGUUGAGAGUGUCUGAGGCUGCAAUUGUUGGUGUGAGACGUAGUGGACAAAUAUGGCCAAGCUGUGUAGAACCCGCUGGCAGAGAUGGAGGAUACCAAGGAGAUGGAGAUGCACCGCUUUGCAGGACACCUCCAGGAAGUACUGAAGAGCAAAGGACACAACAUGACCUUAUGCCCUAUAUUGAUGACUCGCCAAGCUCCUCCCCUCAGCUCAGUGCUAAGAGCCGUAGCAGCAGAGACACCCUAUCCUCUGCGUCUCUGGAAUCCAGCAAAUCCACGGAGCUGGAUCUGGAGAAGGGCCUGGAGAUGAGGAAGUGGGUGCUGUCUGCAAUUUUGGCUAGUGAGGAAACUUACUUGAGCCAUCUGGAGGCUCUACUUCUGCCAAUGAAGCCCCUUAAAGCCGCUGCAACCACUUCUCAGCCCGUUUUGACAAUCCAGCAGAUUGAAACUAUUUUCUUCAAGGUUCCUGAGUUGUAUGAGAUCCACAAAGAAUUUUAUGAUGCUUUGUUUCCGCGGGUACAGAAAUGGAGCCACCAGCAGAGAGUAGGGGACCUUUUCCAAAAACUGGCCAGUCAGCUUGGUGUGUAUCGCGCCUUUGUUGACAACUAUGAGGUUGCCAUGGAAACGGCAGAGAAAUGCUGCCAGGCCAACGCUCAGUUUGCUGAAAUUUCAGAGAAUCUAAGGGCCAGAAACACGCGGGAGUCCAAGGAACACGCAGCAAAAACCUCCCUAGAGGCUCUACUGUACAAGCCAGUGGAUCGAGUGACACGAAGCACCCUUGUUCUACAUGAUCUACUGAAGCACACUCCUUCUGGUCACCCUGACUAUCCAUUACUGCAAGAUGCACUCCGUAUUUCCCAAAACUUUCUGUCCAGCAUCAAUGAGGAGAUCACUCCCCGACGUCAGUCAAUGACUGUACGGAAAGGAGAGCACCGACAGCUCUUGAAGGAUAGUUUCAUGGUGGAGUUGGUGGAAGGAGCCCGAAAGCUACGCCAUGUCUUCCUUUUUACCGAUCUUCUACUUUGCGCAAAGCUGAAAAAGCAGAUAGGAGGGAAAAGUCAGCAAUAUGACUGUAAGUGGUAUAUACCACUAGUGGACCUGUCCUUUCAGCCUGUUGAUGAGUCGGAAGCUGCUGCUAACAUGCCACUGAUACAAGAUGAUGAGCUGGAAGCUAUCAAAGUAAAAAUAUCACAACUGAAGAAUGAUAUCCAAAGGGAAAAGAAGGCAAACAAGGGAGGAAAGGGUCUGGAGCGUCUGCGCAAAAAACUUUCUGAACAAGAGUCAAUAUUACUAUUGUUGUCCCCAAGUAUGGCCUUCCGGGUGCAUAACCGCAAUGGCAAGGGCUACACAUUCCUGACGUGGUCAGACUAUGAGCGAGCUGAAUGGGGAGAGCACAUACGAGAGCAGCAGAAGAAGUGUGUGAAAAGUUUCUCUCUUACCUCACUGGAAAUUCAGAUGUUAACAAACUCCUGUGUGAAGUUGCAGACUGUGCACAGGGUUCCUCUGACCAUCAGUAAAGAAGAUGACGAGUCUUCUGGUCUUUAUGGGUUCUUAAAUGUUAUUGUCCACUCGGCUACUGGAUUCCAACAGAGCUCAAAUUUGUUCUGCACGCUGGAAGUGGAUUCCUUCGGCUAUUUUGUUAACAAGGCAAAAACUCGUGUUUAUCGGAACACAACUGAUCCCAGCUGGAAUGAGGAAUUUGAGAUAGAACUGGAGGGCUCCCAGACCCUGCGCAUCCUGUGCUACGAAAAAUUCUACAAUAAGAAUCGACCUAUGAGGGAGGACGGAGGAGAAAGUAGUGAGCGGAUGGUGGCGAAGGGACAAGUACAGUUGGAGCCUCAGAUGGUCCUAGGGAAGGAUUGGCAGAGAUCAGUUGUCUCUAUGAAUGGGAUAGAGGUCAAACUGUCGCUGAAGUUCACAAGCCGAGAGUUUAGUCUGAAACGCCUCCCAUCACGCAAACAGACCGGGGUAUUCGGAGUUAAGAUCGGGGUUGUAACCAAGCGGGAGCGCUCUAAAGUGCCAUAUAUUGUGCGGCAGUGUGUGGAGGAGAUUGAGAGGCGUGGCUUGGAAGAGGUUGGCAUCUACCGAGUGUCUGGGGUAGCCACUGAUAUUCAAGCUCUGAAGAAUGCUUUUGAUGCAAAUAACAAGGACGUGUCCAUCAUGAUGAGUGACAUGGAUGUUAAUGCCAUUGCUGGUACCCUCAAAUUGUAUUUCCGAGAACUACCAGCACCACUCUUCACCGAUGAACUGUAUCCCAACUUUGCAGAAGGGAUUGCCCUGUCUGACCCCGUGGCCAAAGAGAGCUGUAUGUUGAAUUUGCUGCUGUCUCUGCCAGAGCCAUCUCUGCUCACUUUCCUCUUCCUACUCGAUCACCUCAAGAGGGUGGCAGAGAAGGAGAGUCAGAAUAAGAUGUCCCUACAUAACCUGGCUACAGUGUUUGGUCCAACACUGCUGCGGCCAUCUGAAAAGGACAGCAAGAUCCCGACCAACCCUACUCAGCCAAUCAGCAUGGCAGACAGCUGGAGUUUGGAAGUGAUGUCACAGGUGCAGGUUCUAUUGUAUUUUCUACAACUAGACACCAUUCCAACCCCAGACAGCAAACGUCAGAGCAUUCUCUUCUCAACUGAAGUGUGACAUACCUCUCCACCCCUGAUUCAUGGUACCACACAUGCAGGAGAUGUGACGCUUCUAUGUUUCAUCUAAUCAGGCCCUAAUCCCUGCUCAGUGAGAGCGUGAUGGAAGGAAGGGACGGAUAUCCCCCCAUUCUCCUUUGUAAACACUCCAGAAUUAAUAGGAGGCUUGCACUAGGAAUUAUCAGCACCGAAAGUUCUAUAUUUUUAAUUUAUUUAUUUAUUAGCCUGGUAGAUUAGCCGUAGAGCAGCUGUGGACCAAUGGCCCCCGCUACUCCCCCCCCCCCCCCCCCCGCCCCCCUCCCGCCCAAAAAAAUAAAAAACCACAAAAAACUAACUAACCAAAACAUAAAACAUACAUUUCAGGAACCAACCAAAUACAAUAUGGAUGUUCUGCAGACUGCCAUACAAUGAAAAUACUCAUGUAUUUUGUUUUUUCUUAAAAAAAUGUAAUUGAAAGUUACAGUGCAGUCGUGCAGUAUGCAUACAAUGGUGCGGAAUCAACAGAUUUUUUGAUAAGCUUAUCCCAGCCUAAUACUAUCUUUUUAUCUGUUGGAUUGCAUUAUAGAUUAGCUUGUUAUAGGGCAGAGUUUAGCCUUCUCUUUGCACACUGUUACACAGUAUAUAAUUCUAGCUCUGGUUGUUUAUACAUACUAUAGGGCUCGAUAUAAUGAGCUUCAUAACCUGUGUUAGCCACUAGAUGUCAGAGUAGGCGUUCAAGCGAGACCUGCUACUGGAUUAACUUUUACAGUGCUGGAUAUAUCGGAGGUCCACAUGUUAAUGCACUGGGACUUCCUUGUGCCCGUUAUUUCAGGUGUAUGUGUAAUAGUUUAUAGAACAUGUUUAUUGUCUGUGUAUUUGCAGCAUGUUUUACAUUGUUCUUUCCUAUAACUGACCCUCUAUGUUAAAAUAUAUAUAGCCAAAAAUGUCAGAAUUGGGUUUUAUGCAGGAAAGUUAAAAUUGAAAAUUACCCUAUACCUUUUUUGUGUGCAAAAUGUACACUUUAAAAUGGAACAUCUUCAGCCCGUAUUAUUAUAGAGGACGGGUGCACAUUCACACAUUCUCUACUGCAAUUCUACAUCCCCCCUGUGCAACUCUCUCUGUAUAAGGAGGCAUUGCUUCCUUUGCAUUCAGAGAAAGGGACUGUUGCAAACUGAUCUCACUGUCUUGGCAUAUUUCUUGGAUUCAGAGCAGCGUCUGUAAGCUACUGGAUGUGAUACUUCAUCGAAUUUAAUGUCCAUACUGGGAUCUGAAGCCAUAAAGCAAGUUACUGACUUUAUUGCAAGCAUUGCCUCCUCUUGGAAUCUGGCGGAGACAUUUAUUGAACAAUGCCACAAUUUGAAAGUCGAGCUGGUCUCCAUGUUCAGGUGCUUCAUACUUUGGGCAACAGGAAUUCACUGCCAGAAACGUGUUUCCUCCACGUACUACACAACCCUGGUGUCCAACCUUAGACAUGAUCUGUACAUGAUGAGUGUUAAUGUUAGAUAUGUAGUACAUGUGCGUGAUGUGCUAUGAAGUAAGCUAGCCCUGUGGGGUUAUUUUGGUUUAUGUGGCAGCUACUGAGCACAUAUGGGGCUUUUGUGUGCUCUUUUAUAAUGUGUGGCCAGAAUCCUCCUAAAUAGUCUACAAUAUUUCUUCUGCAUUCAGUCACAAGCAAGAAAAAUGCUUCAGAAUGUGUUUCUGGAUCAUUCAUAGUAACAUUCCUGAAAGAAAUGCCUUAGGAAAAUUACUUUUAUUUAUCAUUGGUAGUUUAUACCCUUUCUUGCCAUCCAAAGUUUCAGAUAUUAAGUUAUUGCGCCUCUCCAGAGCUCCGGUAUAAAUUGUCUUUUUAUUUUUGAAUGAAACCAGCAAUAACGCUGUGGCAUACUCUGCGAUUGCCAGGAAAGGCACAUGCUGCAUCACUGUUCGUUACAGGGAAAGAGGAGGAUUCUGGGGGCUACUAAGCAGGAUGGAAUAUUAUUAUAGCGGAGAUUAGUGGAAGAUGUGCUUUAUUUCACCCCAGUUUUAGGGGUAGGGGAGAGCCCCAGAUACAUUGAUGUUUUUCUGUGUCCUUUUUCUAAAAUGCGUAAAUAAUAUUUCAAAAAAGGGAAUUUUAUUGAAUUUGUUAAAAUAUUUAAAAGCAUUUUUAAGUCUGUUUGUAUACAAGCUAUUCAAUAAAAGUAAAUCUAGAAUUAAA